CGUUUUACGUAAACACAAAAUAAAAUAUUUAUUUACUUUUCCUGUUUAAUUUCAGAUUAUGAUAACAAUAUGGUUAAUGUUUUCAAGUGCAGUGAGCGCAGUAGCUUUGAUCAGUUCGGAACAGACGAAGCAUCCGUGGCUAGAUUUCGUGCAGGGUCUCCUGCCUUUCAUCUGGUACAGCAUUGGAUGUUACUUGGAUGACCAGAUACGCAAGGAGGUGGAACGCACCGACCUCAUUAUCAUAAAACAUCUGAUCGACUUCCGAUAUGAUCAAAAUACGAAAGACGUUCUUAAUGUUUUCAAGCAAGCGAUUAGUAUAAAUAGCCUACAGUUCACAGCUGGGAAUCUUUACAGAUUAAACUAUGCCUCGAUGUUGGGAACAGUUGUUAGUGUCAUUACCUACAGCAUUAUGGUAAUUCAACUGUUUUAGGCUAAGAAUUAUGUAGAACAAGGAGUAGUUAAUAUAAAUAAUAUAGUUAAUAAUAAUAUAUUAAUAUAAAUAAUAAUAUGUAUUAAUAUAUUAUUAUUUAUGAUCGCAACGUCUUCUCUGCUAAGGUAAUGUUUAAUAUGGAACUUGAGUUAAUUCUGUAAAGUGACCCCAAAAAUGUGUUUAUAUAUCAUAGGUAAUAUCUACGUAAGCUGGUAAAAUUUCUUGGGUUUGAAUAAAGGUUCAGAAGUGUUAUUUAUUUAAUUAAUACUUUAUUGCUCUUAAAAAUUACAAAUUGAGACUUAACUUAUCUAGGAUACAUUGUAACAAACGAC